AGUCGGACGGUCGUGAGGGACGGACGCUGACACUCGGGCGUCCCAACCGCGCUGCGUACGAUACCGCGUUUGUGAAAACUGUUUUCCUUGGUGUAAUUUACAUACGUGAAGUGAAACUGAUUACAUUUUGGCAACUGUGAUGCGAUUUAUUGUAUGUUUUCAGUAUUUUCGGGUGUGACACAUUUUAUAUAAAGUUUGAAGUGAACCUCUUGUGGAUUGUUUUUAUUUUAUAAAUCGCCGCUGAUGCAUUCUAUUUCCGCUGUUUUAUUCGGGUGAUGCGUGCGCGCAAGUGAACAUGGCGCGGGGGGGUGUCGUGCUCCUCGUGCUAUGGGUGGCCGUCGCCGCCGACAAACAUGAGGUGUCAAACACAACUACACCAGAAAGCACCACAGCGGCUCCUACACCACCGAUACCCUUAAGACCAGAAUACGCCCACCCUGCCGGUGCUGAAGCACUAGACCCUUACAAUUCAGAAAAGAACCAUGCAGCACCACAUCAUAGAGACUAUCUAGAAGAAGACUACGACCAUGAAUCACAUAAAGAAGACGAACAAGAAAAUAGAGAAGAUGCUGAUGAACUGCCUUCGUUAUCAGGAGAUCAUCUCCUACAAAGUUCUACUGAUGACUUGCCAAUGUUUCUCCUAGAACCGCAGCACGCUUUUGUGGUGAGAAACAAACCAGCAGUGUUGAGGUGUCGGGCAGCGAAUGCUCUUCAAGUGUACUUCCAAUGUAAUGAUGUGAGGUCGGUGGCUAGUACGCAGUUUGAGUUUGUGGAUCCCCAAAGUGGAGUGCGAAUUGUGGAAGCUGAGUGUAACGUGACGAGGGAUCAACUGGACGAGUAUUUCGGUGAAGACAGAUUCACUUGCACGUGUAAUGCUUGGAGCAGUAGAGGUGAUAUCAGAAGUCAGCCUGCCGUCGUCGAGUUGGCAUAUCUCAAGAAACCCUUCGCAUUAUCACCAUCACCAACUUCAGUAGAAGCUGGUUCUGCUGCCUCCUUGCGUUGCACACCUCCUGCUGCAGCACCAGCUCCCAGGGUCUCCUGGCUGAAGCAUGGGCAGCCAUUGCAGCAAGACCACAAUGUCCUCAUCUCUGCUGAGGGAAAUCUUCUCAUUUCUAGAGCUACUUUACAAGACAUGGCGAACUACAGCUGCGUCGCAGAGAACAUCGCCGGCAAGAGGAUCUCUGAACCCGCCCUCUUGACUGUUUAUGUAAACGGCGGUUGGAGUUCUUGGGGUCCGUGGACGCAGUGUCGUUGCAAUGGGCGCGUGACCGGCGGCCAGCGUCGCACCCGCACCUGUACGGAACCACACCCUUUGAACGGCGGCGCGCCUUGCCAAGGACAGGCCGUGCAGAGAACCUCGGACUGUGUGCCGUGUCAGAGUGAGGGGUACAUGGAUCUGCAAGGAUACGAUAACACUCAACAAUUGUUGAUUGCGUUACCUGGUCGAUGGGGCAGCUGGUCUGAAUGGUCAGUGUGUGGAGCUGACUGCCGCCAGACAAGGAGACGAGCUUGCACUGGAGACACUCCAUGCUCAGGAGCCCAUGCACAGCAUGCUGACUGCGUUGGAGACUAUUGUGGAGUUCAUGGUGUGGCAGCACACAGCGACAUACCACUAUACAUUGGUAUAGCUGUAGCAGUGGUGGUCUUCUUGGCUGGAGCAGCAGUAGUCUACAAACUUCUGCAGAGGAAGACCAGGGACCAUUCUCUGUACACUAUGACGAGAACUGCAGAUUUCCAGCCUGAAAUGUACCCAACAGUGGAGAAACAGUCUCUGUCUCUGGCACCUGAUCUGAUGCAGCAUCGGCCUCCAAGAUACGAGCAUCCACAGCCAGACUCUAGAGCUGAGCAUCAUUAUGAUGUACCACAUCUUACUAACAGCUAUGCGUCUCCUGUAGACCAUCAGGUGACUCCUUGUGCCUCCAGCAAAGGCCAAAGUGAUGACUAUGACAGCAAGCCUUACAGUGAAUCAGAACAUUCUGCUUCAAGCUGUUUUACUAGCUCGGGAUCGAUGUACGACGCAGCAAAUGAGUCUGUGACUCUCCAACUAGCGGAACUCGUAUCGAACUCGCCUACAUCUCAGUCCCUCUCAGUGUCAAGUGCUGGGGCGAGGUUGGCAUUACCUGCCGCCGGUGUUGCUCUCUCAAUCCCUGAAGCAGCCCUUAGUAGGGGCCGGAGGGAACAGAUAUAUGUCGCAGUCGUCAAGGACGACCGCUAUCGACCCAGAUUGGGAAAAGGUAUCACGCAGCUGAGCCCAGUAGUUAAGUGCGGCCCACCGCGUCUUCAAUUAAACAAGUCAGUCAUCCUACAAAUCCCUCACUGCGCCAGUCUAAAACACGGCUUCUGGAAUCUGUCGCUGUACGCCAUCGACCAUAACACUGCUAAAACAGAUAGCACACAGCCGCAAUGGAAGAAAAUCGUCGGCCUCGGCCAGGAAACGAUCAAUACUCCCGUGUUCACUCAACUCGACAAUGAUAAAAUAUUCUUAGUGACCGAUAUGCUGUCUACUUUUGUAUUAGUCGGUGAAAGCUUUAAUGGAAAGGCAGUGAAGGCGCUUCAACUGGCGAUAUAUGCGCCCGCAGUGCUGAGCGAAACCAGCGCAGAUUACAGUAUAAGGCUUUAUGUAUUUGAAGAUACGCUCUGCGCGGCCUACUACUGUCAGGAACAGGAGAAGAAACUUGGCGGCGUGUUACUCGAGCGUCCCAAAACUUUGCUGUUCCAAGACGGUGGAUCGAAUCUCUGUUUGAACUUAGAACACGUCAGCCCCGGCUGGAAAGCUAAGCCGGGUAUUGGUUACCAAGAGAUCCCCUUCCAACAUGUUUGGGGCUCGAACUACAACGCGCUGCACUGCAGUUUUGUGCUUGAGAGGACCCAUGAUUGCGAUAAUAUCGAUUUCAGCGUGUCCGCCUGUCAGAGAACCAAUCCGUCAUACAAGCAGACAUUCCGAAUAUCCCUCGACGACGUGCGGAGCCGAUCACCGCGGGGACGUUCACCCCGCGCUGAGUCGCAGCGCAGUUUUAACAUAACUGAAAACCUUUUAGAGGCUCGUAUGUGCCGCAGCGAAGACGGGAGCGACGGCAGCGUUAAAAGGAAUGUAACAGUUAGUGAGGCGGGCGUCAACGAGUGCGCGGGCGAGGGCCCGUUUAAAUUAAGUGCUCGAGUAAAAAGGCAGUUGUGCGCUAUAUUGGACCCGCCGAAUGCGCGCGGGAACGACUGGCGGGCGCUGGCGUCGAGGCUGGGAGUAGAUCGGUACACGACGUGGUUCGCCACAAAGAGCUCGCCAACAGAGGCUAUCCUGGAGCUGUGGGAGUGCCGCGAGCGCGGGCCGGGCGCCACCGCCGCGCUGGCCGCCGCGCUGCGCACCAUGGACCGGCACGACGCCGCCGACCUCCUGCACGGCAGACCCUCCUGGUUAUGAAUUCCUCGGGCACCCCACCCGCAAUCUAAUUAAUGACUUCAACUCUACGGUACGUACCCGGUGUAUGUUAUGAGACUAUUGUGAAUGAUGAUAAUUGUGCUACUAUAGGCCUAUACGAACGAAUGUACAUGGACGAUUGUUGGUAAUGAGUAGUUUAAAUGUUACGUUAGAAAAAGUAUAGUUUCGUAGGCCGACGGCCUAAGUUUGUAAAAUCUUCGUAGUAUAUUUUGUAUAGAAUAUUCUAUGCUGUAGAUAAGCGAUUGAUGAAUAAAUUAUAUUAUAUUAGCAAUAAUAGUGCCUACAAUGUCUUUUAAAGAAACAUUGCCGACUCGGGACGGUCGGCGUCGGUUGGUUAUUUUGUUAUUUUUUGUAUAGUGUUUGAGUGUUUUAUUAACUGAGAAAUUUGCUUAUUUUUCAACUUUAUUUGCUCGCAAUAAUUUGGAUUUGCUUUUUAUAGAUUCGAACUUUGUGCCAAAUAUUGACUGCCACAGCAAAAUUUUGGCAAUAUUAUCUAAAAGAGAAUGUUAUACGUGUCUAACUCUGAGCUUAUUUAGCUACUGUUUAAAGUUAUAUACAUAAGUAUUUUUAUUUGAUGUUAGAUGAAUUUUCAAUAUUUAUAAUUCACGAUGAACGUUUAUAAAUCACCGCUGCCUCUCUCACUGCCGCGUACAUGAACUGAAUAAUGAGAAAUUCAUCUAAUACUCUCUUGUACUAUAAAAGACUUCACAACUGCAUUUAUAACUAAAACUAUUUCAAUGUAAACUACUAUUAAGUCAAACUUCCUAGUUCGAUCUGUGCGCGAUAAUUAGUAUUUAACUUUAUAUUUUAUGUCCUAAAAAAAGUCCUAAUACUUUUGAGACGCAAAAAGUACUGAUUCCUUUACAAGAAAUAAAAUUCAUUCCUUUACCAAUAGCUACAUAAAAGUAUAUAAAGCCACUGCCACUAAUCACUGCCCCUCUAAAUUAUCGCGCACAGAAUGGAACUGAACGAUUUCAGCUACCAAUAGAAAAGAUCUUGCUAUCUUCGUCUUUUUAUGCCCUACGCUGUCGUAAUGGGACUGGAAAGAAUUGAGGCUAUUGAACAAAUAUAGAUAAAGACUUUCUGAAAUAAACUAGAUACUUGAAAAGGAGCAAUAAAGCCUAAAAUAUUUUUGAAGAGUCAAAUGAAAGAAGAAAUAAAAGGUUAAGGUAAAAGAUUGAAUUUGCAAUAUUAGCGUUUAUCUAAGAUUUUCACAAGCGAACAAUUGCAAGGACAGGCACACAAACCCAUGAUUUACUCAAAACUAUUUCUCCUGAUUUGGUAUUAAUUUAUAUCGUCAUGGAAAACUUAACAUUUAUUCAUAAACUACUUCUGCCUACCUCUCCGGGAACUUAAUAUAAUGUUGUACCUAGCACAAGUAUGAAAUGAAUAAAAACAUUUUUAAUUUAACUUUCACCGCGUGCGAUGACAACUUGAUAACACCGAUCGCGUUGUAACGCCAGAGGGAUAUUUCAUAUUUUGUUCGUUCGUUCCGUACAGUUUUAAUUGCAAUGAAUACGUAACUCGCUUCCACAAUUUAUAUAUUACAGAAAACAAAAUAUUUUAAUGAAAAACAGCAUUCUCAUGGAAAUAUCUGAUUUAAUUGGUUUUAUAUCGACUAUUAAAUACUCUUCUUUUUAAUAAAUGGGUCUGUCAAAACUAUUGAUGUACAUGAUCAUGCUCGCACUCGGAUUUUCUCCUGUGUCGUGGGUGCGUUUACAAACAUACAAUUUCACAUACACAUCACACCCAGACUCGGAAUAACAAUUAGUAGAUUGUACCUACAACGAGUUGUUCCGUUUUAUUUACCAGUUUGUUACCACAAACUGUGUCUUUAUUAAUUACAUAUAACAUGAACAUAACACCUGUUUUUAGGGGUUACACUGAGCAGAUGUUUGUAACAUUUGUUUCCCAUGAUUAUCAACGGUCCCUAUUACAUAAUCAUUAAUAUGUAAUUGAGAAUUUGGGUGUUAAAAGUUACAGUUUUAGUAAAUUUUUAUAGGUAUUGUAUGCCUGAGUCUGUCUGUAGUCGUUAGCAAAAGUCUGAUAGUUCCCUUUUUCCAAGAAAGCUAAUACAGAUUUUCUACCUUAGGACUUCGGUUAGGUUCAAACAUUUUUUGAUUAUAGUCAAAGUCAAAGCGCAAGUCAAAAUCAAAAUUCACCUUUAAAGCACCUUUUGAACGUUACAAAAAAUGUUAUAUUUCUUCCAGUCCAAUUUCGACAGUGUAUGCGAGCCAAUAGAGGUCAUUUUCUAUGAAUGUAUAUAAUGUGAUAGAUUGUAAAUAUCAUGUAUCGCAGUUAUAUAGUAGUCAGAACAUAAUAUGCUAUGUAAUGGUGACGUCACCACCCAGUAGACUAUAUAUAUUUUUGUUAACGUGAUGAAUAUUAAAAUAAAUGGAUCUGUGAUACUUAAAUAAUAUGAAAUAAAUUAUGUUUAACUGUGCA